ACGGCCAGCUGUGCAGUUAAGCGUCCACUCUUGGGUGUAUUCUUACUCCUUCAUUUUGUUGCAAUGCCUGAUCCAGCUAAGUCCGCUCCCGCUCCAAAGAAGGGCUCCAAAAAGGCGGUAACCAAGGCGCAGAAGAAGGAUGGAAAGAAGCGCAAGCGCAGCCGCAAGGAGAGCUACUCUGUGUACGUGUACAAGGUGCUGAAGCAGGUCCACCCUGACACCGGCAUCUCCUCCAAAGCCAUGGGGAUCAUGAAUUCCUUCGUCAACGACAUCUUCGAGCGCAUCGCGAGUGAGGCUUCCCGCCUGGCGCAUUACAACAAGCGUUCCACCAUCACCUCCAGGGAGAUUCAGACGGCGGUGCGCCUGCUGCUGCCUGGGGAGCUGGCCAAGCACGCCGUGUCCGAGGGCACUAAGGCCGUCACCAAGUACACCAGCUCCAAGUAAAUGGACGCCUGUUCAAACCCAAAGGCUCUUUUCAGAGCCACUUAACAAUUUCAAUUAAGAGUUUUAAUGCUGGGUGCUGCUGUAUUCUACGGGAGAAGUGUGGCCAAUACAGGUAAAAUUCUACAUUGCCAGUUUAUCCUGUGCCUCUGUUAAACACUAAGAUUUUAGAGCUUGUCUUUAUAAAGGUGGUGUGUAACUACAUUGCCCAGGCUACUGGUGUUAAACUCAAGCAAGUUUUCCCACCUCAGCCUUGCCUUGUAUUGCUGAGCAGAUAAUUUGACACAGCAGGAAAAGUGGACGUUCCAGUUUAGGAACCAAAAAUUAAGUUUGCAACCUAGAUGCAAUCAGCUUGGAGCAACACGUCCAGUCUGGAGCUGGUAAAUUUGAGUAUUCAAGAUGACUUGAAAAUACACUGAGCACCCAUGAUAGUGAACCCACUCUAGAUAGCAUAAUGUGAUCUUUGUGGGAGCCUCCUAGAAUUUAAUGUCAACUGGGAUAUUAUAGUUUACCAAGUACCUGAGAAAAAUUGAAAUUUCUUGAUAGAUAAGGUUUAGAUGACAAACUAUGAAAAUGAAAAAGAAAAUGCCAUGGAAUAAACCUUUAGUUACUCGGCAAGUAAUAUGAGGGGUUUUAGGUGUCUUUGAAAAAAUUUAGAUUUGUAAGACAAAGUAGAGCAGAGAAUAUAAAUACUAAAAGACCUGGCAACAAUGUGUCUUUGUUUUUAGGUAAUGUUGGUUGGCAGUCAGCAAAAAGGCCAGGCUCAGGGAGUCUUAACUUGAAAACGCUAACAGGAAUCAGCAAAACCAUGUACACAACUUCUGCUGUGGAUUUUUUAAAUACCAAGAUUACCAACUGUAAUGGUAGGGUAAUACAGACUGAAACCUCUACAUUCCUCCACCCUCGUGGGCAUUUCUCUUGAGUCAUAAAAUGUAGGGGUAGCAGGAGGUAAGGGAAGAGUAUUUUAAGAACCUAGGUCUGAGAUGUACCUUCAAUUUUUCUUCAAAAUAGCUGGUGGAUGGACUAGUACUUUGAAUUUAUUCAUUUACUGAGAACCUAUUAAAUUACAGAAAAUACUUAGGAAAGAGCAGUGAGAAAGAUAGAAACUAUCCCUGUCCUUUACCUGGAUUGAAAUCUAAAGUGGAUAUUUAUACAAUAAACUCACAAACUAAAGAAAGAAACGUAAGUCUGAAGGUCAUGUUUUUCUUUUAACGGGCUUUUGAUGGGACUGAAUUUAAAUUGGCAAAAGCUGAAUUAACAUAAUCUUGAAAACUUGCAAGUUCCUGGAGGUAGUUCUGGAUGGAGGGUGGAGCAAAAGAGAUGGCAGAAGAAGAGCCAGCAGCAUGGAAUUCAAAAGUAGAUAUUCUUGCCUCCUCCCUAGUGGCCAGGGAGGAGGGAUGGGGAGAGAGCAAGAGAGCCAUGACAGAGGAAGGGAGAGAGCACAGAGUUCAAGUCUAUAUUGAUGGAACUAUGGUUACAAAUAGGGGCUACCCAUUUAUAUUCUCAUCUGGUCGUGUCUCAUCAGUGGUUUACAAGGAUUUCAUAGAAUUGCUUUACUAAAAUGUAUGACCUCACUGAAAUAUAGAAUACUAUAAGACAGCAAAUAUUGUAUAUUUAUGCAAAUAAUUUUUUAAUAAAAGGUUUUUUUAA